ACAAAGCAGACAGGAAAGAAAAAUGGCGCCUGGGAGCUGGAUGGUGUUUCUGUGCGUGUUUUUGCCGUUAGGAGUGGCGGUCACCCCGCCGUUUAUGAACUAUAUCCGACCGCCCCCUAAACAGGACGAGUACGAUUUCUACUGGCACGUGGGGUAUUGGGAGACCAUGUUCGAGUACGACGAGGAACGGGACGCGGGCAGGCCCGUACAACUCACCGGGCUGAACCGGUUCGGCAGGCGGGAGACAAAUCGUGACGACCCGAACAACUGUAACAAUCUGACGCCCUUAAUUCUUAUAACGGCUGAGGAGAGUAGGACGGUUGUUGUGGCGGAUGGAUUCCACCGGAAGUUGAUCGCCGUCAACCGGACGUUGCCAGGACCCACCAUCGUCGUCUGGAAAAACGCCCAGGUGGCCGUUCAUGUGACUAACAAGUUGAUACAAGAAGGCAUCUCUAUCCACUGGCACGGCAUCACCCAACACAACACGCCGUGGAUGGACGGGGUGGGCGGCGUGUCACAGUGCCCUAUCAACCCGGGGGAGAGUUUCACUUACAGGUUCAAUGCCACAGAAGGAGGAACACACUGGUGGCACGCCCACUUAGGCACCUUCAGGACAGACGGACUGUACGGGGCGCUUAUUGUACUGGAGGAGGAUGAGCAGCCAAGAUUGCCGGCCUUUUCUCGUGAAUUCAUUGUUCUGCUCCAUGACUGGCAAAGGGAGGAAUCACUGGAUAUAGCUCUCAGGGUCAACUGGGAAGCCUCAAGGUUUUCCUACGGGUACGAUAACAACUCCCAGUGUUACUACAACAAACGGCAGCAUGACGGCACGGAGAUCGCACCCAUACCGUUUGUGUCAGGACUCAUCAACGGGAAAGGCCGCCGUUACUACAACGACGGGUUGGAGUCUGAAAAUCAGAACGUCCCUUUGGAGACUUUCGAGGUGCAUUCUGGGGUCAAUUAUCGCUUCCGGGUCAUCAGCGCUGCCAUGAGCUACGCCUUCCGGGUCUCCAUCGACCGACACGAGCUGACUAUGAUCGCUACUGACGGCAACAGAAUCAAGGAUCUAAAGGCAGAGUCUUUCAUCAUCAACACAGGAGAGAGAUUUGACUUCUACAUCUCUACAAAAAACAAGCCGGUUCAGAACUACUGGUUACGCGCGGAGACACUGGAGGACACUGAUAUCUAUGGGACUGCAGUGCGGCCACAUUCUGCCAAGGCGAUACUCCACUACCGAGGGGCGCCCGUGGACAGCGACCCGGCUACUACGAGGAGACCAUGCGACGCAUCCAAUGACUGCACUGUGGUCAACUGUCCAUUUGAAAACUAUCCACCCGGCAGCUAUAAAACAUGUAUGAACGUCCACGAGUUACGGUCUGCUCUUAAUGAGGACGCUCCUCGGCGGGAGAGCAAGUGGGAGGAACACUUCAUUAACUUCCACUUCUCUGGGAACGAGCUGAACGGGGCUCAGCGGUCUUCUGUCAACGGACAUCGCUUCAUACCACCGAGGUCUCCUCCAACGGUUGACAGGAAGGGCGCCGGUCUUACUCCGUGUGUGGACAAAGACUGUGGUGGAGAGAACUUCUGUGAAUGUUCCUAUUACAUCAGCAUAAAUACCGGUAACGUCGUACAACUGGUGCUGUACAACAUGGGCAGUGGUGGUGGUGAAAACGGCACCGCCCACCCUGUCCACAUGCACGGCCACCAUUUCUACGUCCUGCACAUGGGGUUUCCGGAGUACAACAGCAACGGCAAAUUCGUUACCCAGAACACGGACAUCGACUGUGGCGGGUCGGAGCGGUGCAACUCCCGGGGCUUUGUGGACGGAGUCUGGGCAGACACCGACUCUGACACUGACACUGACAACGGCACGGCUACUAGGACUUUCAACCUGACGAACCGACCGAAAAAGGACACCGUCAUCGUGCCGGUAGGAGGCUACGUGGUCAUUCGGUUCGUCGCCGAUAACCCAGGCUGGUGGUUCAUGCACUGUCAUAUUGAGAUCCACCAGGUGGAGGGGAUGGCCAUGAUGAUUAAGGAGGGGACGGAGGGACAGAUGAAUCCCCCACCCCCGGGAUUCCCUACCUGUGGGAGCUUCGACUGGAGUUACAAAGACUUCAAGAAAAUCAGCAAAGCUGCUUCAUUGAGGAGCUCUAUGUGGUUGGACCUUUUGGUGACGGCUGGAGCUCUAUGGUUGCUCUUGUAGUUUAAAUGUACUUAUCAAAUGUGGUUGCAUAAUGAGGUUGCAGACUUCGAUUUCAUUGUAACAAUGAGACAGGUUAACCGCCGAAUUAGUGUCACCACGUGACGAUAAUAUAAACUCUUAUGUUUUUAUGGAUAAUAUUUCUUAUAUAGAAUAGUAUCGUCUGUAAGUAUUGCUGUUUGGCAUUUGUUGGCGUACAUAGUCCCCAUUUUCCGUAUAGGAUGAAUUAUUCUUAAGUCUGUCUAAAUAUUGUACAUGUGAAGUCUACAGUCAUCACGUAGCUUUAUGUUUUAAAAGUACAAUUACUUCCACAAAAUAUAAGGAUUAUUCUUGAGUAAUCUCCAUUGUGAAAUAUUCUGUUUAGUAAUAAAUUAUAAAUACAUGUAUUCAUCGUUAGUACGUAUAAUGAGAUCUAUAUUGUAGACUCCUUGACUUUAAUUAACGUACAUAUUCAAAUGUUAGCAUAUACUAGAAAAGUAACAUUUGCAAAGCAAAUGCAUAAUGUUUACCUUCGGAUAUGGUCUGCUCUGUUAAUUCUUACUCAAACACAUUCACAUACAUGUAUAUGGUGACAGGAGUCUAAAUACCUACUAUGAAAUUGCCACAUUGUGUAACCCGACACCAGUUACUAUGGUGACAGACGUAAACAAAAGAGGCCAUUGGCCAGGUCAGAGGUUAGUGUUUGGAACAGAAGAAGAAAUGGAGCAAAAACAAUAUUUUUUCCUUCGGUAAACAUAAAAAUGAAGUUUACACACACGAUAGUGUUUUACUUAGGCCUUAAUGCUGGAUCAACAACAAAAUAAACCUACUUCAAACCUACUGGACAAAGCUUCAGACAGAAAUUGAUAUUAAAAGAGUCAGUGUUACCAUAAUGUACUUGUACCUCAGGUAUUAAAAGUUAAGCCACUGCAAGUAAACCGUAUGUAUGAUAGCCUUCG